GUGUGUGUGUGUGUGUAGUGAGCUCGGUUUAGAUAGAUUAGGACCGUGUGGCCAUCUCUCCACCUCAAACUAUUAAUUUUUCUGUAAUGUUUUCUCUCUCUCAUUAUCGCAUGAGCGAAACUCGUCAACAGAUUAGACGAGAUUUAAAUAUGACUUUGCGUAAUUGUAAUUUUAUUAAGCUCUUAUGUAAUUUCUCUGCCUGCUUUGUAAUUAGUAUGCUACGGUUUGGAUGCGUUACGCGGGAAACUUUAUGUGCCACAAUAAUAACAACUUCAACAUCGUAUUCACUGUUCACAUAGGUGCCAGCAUUAUUCAUUUGUGCUACCAGUGCUGAUACAUAUAUAUAUGUAUAUAUAUUACGCAUAUAAAAUAGGACUGCUAACGCUUACAUGGAAGCAUGCAGGACUAUUUUUGUAAUGUUCAACUUAUUAAAAACAGUCAAAUCAAAUAAAUAGAUAGCCAUUAAAAGGAUUCGAUUUAAGCUCAACGCAAUUUUUUCUUGUUAGGAUGUCGUUUACUUUGACUGCACAUGCAUAAGGGCUUAUUUUAAAAGCAAUAUAAAGCGGGAAUUAAACUUUUUGACUGAAGAGAAAUUAUUACUUAUAUUAUCAUUCAAUUUAUAUUUGAAAUUAGUUACUUAGCUGCUGCCCGUCCUGUAGUCUCAUUAGUAUCUCAGAUAAAAAGGGGCGGGUGAAAAAUGAAUGGCACCUUUUAUGUCAAUUGAUGCAAAUGAUGAUGAUGAUGAUGACGUAUUAAUUGGUGCGGAAUUACUACAUGCAACUGUCAUUGCCUUGAAUGGUUUGUUAUUAUGCUACAUUCGAAUUUCAAUGAAUGAAUGAAUUUUGCGUUUAAUUUUUAAGCGGACUUAUUGAAACCAUUCACUUGUGCAAAACCAUUUGUUCUCAUUGGUGUCACUAAAACGAGCAAAAAUAUCCUGGAUUGUUGUCACUCAUGCUAACGUGUGUUUUUGCGGUAGUGCUAUUUGCUAACGCAUUGAAAACAAUACUUUUGACGCGAUUGGCGAUUGGCGCUAACUGACGGUGACGCUGAGCUAACUUUCAUUCUUUAUUAUAAAGUCUUGUUACAUUUUCAACUUUUGCUAUUAUUUUUAAUUUUAUUUAUUAAAUUCAACUAAUUAUGUUUCGUUAAGGAUUAGCAGAAUUUUCAAGAGAUGAAAAAACCUAUUAGAUAACACUUUUCCAUGCGAAAAUCUUCAGAUUACAUAUCCUUACCACAUCAAUCAUCAUCAAUAUAUUAAUAAAAGAAGCUAUUGGUAUGAGUAAUGAAAUACUAUACCUAUGAAAGGCAAUGAAGUACUUGUGGAUGGAAAGAACUAAAAAUUUGACGGUCUUUUUUUUUCUUCCGGCGGAAGAAACAACUACGGAAUAAAAAUGGCAAAGCAACGCCGUAAUGGAGGUCGCUGCAAGAAUAACAGAGACCAUCUGAAGGCAGUACGUUGCACCAAUUGUGCUCGUCGCGUGCCUAAAGAUAAAGCCAUUAAGAAAUUUGUGUUUCGAAGUAUUGUUGAAGCUGCCGCUGUGCGAGAUAUUUCAGAAGCUUCCAUUCGGGAUACUUAUAUAGUGGCGAAGCUUUAUGCUAAGCUUUACUGUUGCAUUUCAUGCGCCAUUCACUUUAAAGUCAUCGGAAAUAGAUUUAAAGCUGGCCGUUGAAUUCGUACGCAACCCGUAAGGACUUUUCCCAAGGACAUGGCACGUAAUCAAGCUAGAAAAUAGUUACUAGUUAUCAAAUGUGAAUAAAGUCCGGCGAUAACGAAAAUUAUCAGAAUCUAGGAUCUCAUAUAGCUACUUUUCAAGAUUCAGAAGCUGUCCAAGCAAGAAGCUGCCGGGAGAAAGGAAAAAUUGCAUUUUUUACAAAAAGGCACAGAUUUCUGCCUAGCUUUUUACGUUUCUUAGUAGAAAGGUUAAG